CAGGAACUUACAGCUUCCACUAAGUUGUACUAACUCCUUGGGGGGUACAGCUACAGCAUAAGCGUAGACGAUACAACGUGAUAAGUGUGCAUGUCAACGCCUAAGCCACUAUGUCAACUGCCAUCAUGUAGUUCUGGGACAACUUCUCAUUUGGUGGAGCAAAGAGCGUCCGUCUUUUCAUUUGGAGGAUGA